UAUAAAAAGUCGACAUAGCAUUAAUAUUUGGCACACACAUUCACUCACUCUCUGCCUAACCUCCUUGCCUUGAUCCCUUGUUGAAUCCCAAUCUCUUCUCAGCUCUUGUUUCUUCUUCUACCUCUUCUUCUUCACCUUCUCUACAUGGUCUGUGUUAUAGAGCUUGCUUUGCUGUAGUUUUGAAGCUGGAUAGGUCUAUUUUCAUCGUUCUUCCUUAGCCAGACCUUUAUAAAAACAUUCAAAGCAUGUAGGCUUUUGCAUUCCCAGAAAAACCCACCAAAAAAGAAAAGAAAAACAGAGAGAGAGAGAAAAGAUUUUCAAGUUUUGUCUAUGCAUAGAGCUUGCCUCCCUUCUCCUAUUCCUUAGAAGAAAUUUUAUAAAAACCAGUAAAGCAUGUAAUUGUAUUUCUUCUUGAUUUCCAUCAUUACCCAAAAAAACAAAAAAAAAAAUAGUUGUAGAGAUUUAUUAUGUUUCCAUAUUAGGAGAUCUAUAGAGUUGUUGAUCGUCCUAGCAACUUAUAAUCAAAAACCAAGAGGAAAAAAAGUUUGAAAGAGGAGAAUGCCGGAGUCAGAACCUGGAACGCCGGCGGUGUCGGCACCGAAUACGCCGGGGACGCCUGGAGGGCCACUUUUUACAGGGCUAAGAGUGGACUCGCUAUCCUAUUCAGAUAGGAAAAUAAUGCCGAAAUGCAAGUGCUUGCCCGUCACUGCUCCGACUUGGGGUCAACCCCACACUUGCUUCCUUGAUUUUCCUGCUCCUGAUGUUUCUCUUACUCGUAAGCUCGGAGCAGAAUUUGUGGGAACCUUCAUCCUGAUAUUUGCAGCAACAGCAGCACCAAUAGUGAACCAAAAGUAUAAUAGUGCGGAAACGUUGAUUGGAAAUGCAGCUUGCGCAGGACUGGCAGUGAUGAUCAUAAUCCUAUCAACUGGGCACAUUUCUGGAGCCCAUUUGAAUCCAUCACUCACCAUUGCCUUUGCAGCUCUACGCCACUUCCCUUGGGUGCAAGUUCCUGCCUACAUUGCAGCACAAGUGUCAGCCUCCAUCUGUGCUUCUUUUGCUCUUAAAGGAGUCUUCCAUCCCUUCAUGUCUGGUGGCGUUACUGUUCCAUCUGUGAGCACUGGCCAAGCUUUUGCACUCGAGUUCCUCAUCACUUUCAAUCUCCUGUUUGUUGUCACUGCCGUCGCCACGGACACUCGUGCUGUGGGAGAGUUGGCAGGAAUUGCAGUUGGAGCUACGGUUAUGCUGAACAUUCUUGUUGCAGGGCCAUCAAGUGGUGGUUCAAUGAAUCCAGUGAGGACUUUGGGGCCAGCUGUAGCAGCAGGAACCUACAAAGAAAUUUGGAUUUAUCUCGUGGCACCGACACUAGGAGCCCUAGCUGGUGCCGCCACCUACACGGCUGUGAAGCUCCGGGAGGGUGAGGCUGAUCCACCCCGUCAAGUCAGGAGCUUCCGACGCUAGGAGGUGUAUGUGGGGUUCUGCUACUAUUGAUGGUGUGGGACAACAUGAUACAUUGCACUGUUAAUAUCUUCGACAGUUUGUGAAGAAUAAAAAGGUAAUGUGACUCAAAGUCCACGGCCUACAGUGUGGUUGAAUGAUGUGGUGCACUUGGAGCGGUGAGUAUCAUCUCUCCGGUCAUCAUAUAUAUAUAUAUAUAGAUACAGUAUUGUGCUUGAUGUAGAACUUAUCUUGUGAGAUCUGAUUUUCCUGGGCGAGAAAGAUAUCUCACAAUAAUCUCUGUCUUUGUUAUUUCUCGUUAGAAUUGUUAUGUGUAAUACCCCAAAACAUAUAUAGAAUGAACACGCGAAGAUUGUAUGUAUUCAUCUUUGCUUGGUGC